UCACGGUCAGGUGACCGCAGUUUUGACGGAGCUCUGGCCUACGAGAAUCCUGCGGGGCAUCUGAGUUGCCGUCACUCUUGUUAUCGGUCUCCCGCCAGCCCGAUGGAGGAGGAAGAAGAUGAAACGCGGGCCCUUCUGGCAAACCGACGCACGGAGACUAGUAGAGACGACCCCGCUGUCCCCCGGGCGCUGCCGGCCCUCUGCGACCCCAGUCGCCUUGCGCACCGGCUUUUGGUGCUGUUGCUGAUGUGCUUCCUUGGCUUUGGCAGCUAUUUUUGCUAUGAUAAUCCUGCUGCCCUUCAGACUCAGGUUAAACAGGAUAUGCAGGUGAAUACCACGAAAUUCAUGCUGCUGUAUGCCUGGUAUUCUUGGCCCAAUGUAGUUUUGUGUUUCCUUGGUGGCUUUUUGAUAGACCGAGUAUUUGGAAUACGAUGGGGCACCAUUAUUUUUAGCUGCUUUGUUUGCAUUGGACAGGUUGUUUUUGCUCUGGGUGGAAUAGUUAACGCUUUUUGGCUGAUGGAAUUUGGAAGGUUUGUGUUUGGUAUUGGUGGAGAGUCCUUAGCAGUUGCUCAGAAUACGUAUGCUGUGAGUUGGUUUAAAGGCAAAGAAUUAAACCUGGUCUUUGGACUACAACUUAGCAUGGCUAGAAUUGGAAGUACAGUAAACAUGAACCUCAUGGGAUGGCUGUAUUCUAAGGUUGAAGCUUCGUUGGGUUCUGCUGGUCACACAACCCUUGGAAUCACACUUAUGAUUGGAGGUAUAACGUGUAUUCUUUCACUAAUUUGUGCCUUGGCCCUUGCUUACUUGGAUCAGAGAGCAGAAAGAAUUCUUCAUAAAGAACAAGGAAAAACAGGUGAAGUUAUUAAGUUGACUGACGUGAAGGACUUCUCUUUACCUCUGUGGCUCAUAUUUUUCAUCUGUGUCUUCUAUUAUGUUGCGGUGUUCCCUUUUAUUGGACUUGGGAAGGUUUUCUUUACAGAGAAAUUUGGAUUUUCUUCCCAGGCAGCAAGUGCUAUUAACAGUGUUGUAUACGUCAUAUCAGCUCCCAUGUCCCCAAUAUUUGGGCUCUUGGUGGAUAAAACAGGGAAGAACAUCAUCUGGGUGCUGUGUGCAGUGGUGACCACGCUUGCUUCGCACAUGCUACUGGCCUUUACACUGUGGAACCCUUGGAUUGCUAUGUGUCUCCUGGGAAUCUCCUAUUCAUUGCUUGCCUGUGCGUUGUGGCCAAUGGUUGCAUUUGUAGUUCCGGAACAUCAACUAGGAACUGCAUAUGGCUUCAUGCAGUCCAUUCAGAAUCUUGGGUUGGCAGUCAUUUCCAUCAUUGCUGGCAUGAUACUGGAUACUAAGGGAUAUUUGUUUUUGGAGGUUUUCUUCAUUGCCUGUGUUUCUUUGUCACUCUUAGCUGUGGUCUUACUCUAUUUGGUGAAUCGUGCUCGAGGUGGGAACCUAAAUUAUUCUGCAAGACAAAGAGAAGAAAUAAAACUUUCUCAUGCUGAAUGAGAAGUUUAAAGGACUGUCAUGAGAAUGAGCUGCACAUAUCAUUGGUUUGAAAACCUCCAUUUAUUAAAAUUUUUUUUUUAAUCUAGAGUAUAGUCAUUAGGAAAAACUGGUCUGGAAAUACACCUAUUUCAAAGUAUGUUCGUGAGGACUAUUUUAUUCUCUGUCUUUUGUGUGUUGCUGAAGAAUUCUUUAGAAUAGGCUAAUCAACAAUGAAGUUUAGAAAAUUGCUCUGGAACAAGCAGGUGAACUUCAGUAAGGACAGUAAAUAAUAGAAAUCAUUGGAUCUCGUAUUGAGAUCAUUUUCACAAAGUAAAUCUUAGGGAUAUGACCUUUUCAUCUUAAAGCAAAAAAAAAUUUUUAAAGCUUUUUGAGGGAGUAGAGGGAUGUUUCACACAGAAUAAACUAUGGCAUUUUAAUAGGCAUUCCCUUUUAUGAUAGGGAAUGUUUACAAGUUAUUUUUAUGAAGUCUCUUCAUUUUCGCAAGUAGCAGAUUGUAUUCUGCUCCUUUAGUUAUGAGAGGCUGCUGAGCAGUGACCCUUUUGAGCUUUAUCUCUCCAGUGCUGAGCACCUUAAUCACUUGGGAACAUGAUUUUGUGGUACAAACAUUCUGUACAGUUUUUUUUUAUAGUUAAUUAUUUUAAAAUGUCCUUUAAAGUAUGAUAAUUGCAUAUCUACAUGGAUAAAUAAAAACACUGUAAAAGAAAUAAUGUCUUCUAACUUUUAAAUUUUGAAAAAAUUCUUAAAACUCUAACUUUAACUCUUAUUUAUGUGGCAGAUUAUAAGAAAAUCUGUGUUGGAAUAAAGAAAAUUUGCCUAAUUAUAGUCAUUGAAAGAUUAUGGGAUUAGCUUUUUCUCCAAAUAAAAUAAAUAAAAUACAGAUGUGAAAUUUCUCUGACAGACUUAAAACACUUUUUAAUUGACUCAGUCUUAGCAUAUUCAAGUCAAGGAAUUUUUCAUAUGUUUUACUCUCUGUGGGUGUGCAGAUAUUUUAGACAACUAUUAAACUAAUGAAUUAGCCAAUUGUAUUGUUUCAAGUACAUGGCCUAACACUGUAUGUUUAAAAGUUCUGGAACACAUUAAAUUAAAGAUGCAUAUUUUUUAUUCAA